AUGGACACCCAUGGUGACCAAAAACUCGAAGACUCUCUUUUAGGUUGGUUAGGUAGUGGGGUAGGAAGUGGCCUUGGCUUUGGUAGCGGUAGUGGCUUUAGUGGUAGCAACAGUGGCUUUGGUGGUCAAGGAGGGGGAACUGGCAUUGGCUUUGGUAGUGGUAGCAACCCUAGUAGCCAAGGUAGAGGAACUGGCAUUGGCUUUGGUAGUGGUGGUAACUCUGAUAGUCAAGGGCAAGGAUUUGGCAUUGGCAUUAGUAAGGGUGGUGGCUCCAGUGAUCAGGGUGUGGGAACUAGCACUAGUUUUGGCAGGGAUGGAGGCUCUAGCAGUGAAGAGCAAGGAUCUCGCAAUGGUUUUGGUAAUGAUGAUGGCUCCGACGGUCAAAGUGUAGGAACUAGCAUUGACUUGGGCAAUGGUGGCAGUUCUAAUGGUCAAGAGCAAGGAUCUAGCAUUGGUCUUAGUAAUGGCAAUGGCUCUAGUGGUCAAGGGGUAGGAACUAACAUUGGCUUUGGCAAAGGUGGUGGUUCUAGUGGUCAAGAGCAGGUAUCUGGUAUUGGCUUUGGUAGUGGCUCUAGUAAUCAAGGUGUUAGAAGCAGCAUUGGCUCCGAUAGUCAAGGAGUAGGAACUGGCAUUGGCUUUGGCGAUGGUGGUGGUUCUAGUGGUCAAGAGCAAGGAUCUAGUAUUGGUUUUGGUAAUGGUGGUGGUGGCGGUGGCAGUGGCUCCAAUGGUCAAGGGGUAGGAACUGGCAUUGGCUUUGGCAAUAGUGGUGGUUCUAGUAGACAAGAGCAAGGAUUUGGUAUUGGCUUUGGUAGUGGUAGUGGCUUCAGUGGUCAAGGAGUGGGAACUGGUAUUGGUUUUGGUAGUGGUGGAGGCUCUAGUGGUCAAGAGCAAGGAUCUGGCAUUGGUUUUGGUAAUGGAGGAAGUUUCGGUGGUCAUGGGGUAGGAACUGGCAUUGGCUUUGGCAGUGGUGGUGGCUCUAGUGGUCAAGGCUUUGGUAGUGGUGGUGGCUUUGGUGGUCAAGGGGUAGGAACUGGCGUUGACACUGGUAAAUGUGGUAUUACUAGUGGUCAAGGGGUGGGAAUUGGCAUUGGUAGUGAUGGUGACUUUGGUGGUCAGGGAGUGGGAACUGGCAUUGGUAUUAGUAGUGGUGGCAACUUUGGUGGUGGGGGUGGUGGAUAUGGGAACGGACGUGGUAUUGGGUAUGCUCCAGGAGGAGGUGUUGGAGUUGGAUUUGGGCAUGGAGGUGGUGGCACAUUUGGACCAGGAUUUGGUGAUGGAUCUAGUUAUGGCACAAGUGGUGGGAUGGGAUACGGGUCAGGUUAUGGAAGCGGUGGUGGGUUUGGCUCGGGUAGUGGAUAUGGGGUUGGAUUCGGUGGUGUAGGCGCUAAUCACCCAAAAUAUAGUAGCGUCAUCCAAGGAGGAGACUAA